GUUCAGUGUCCAUCGAUGACAGUAAUGGAAGCAGCUCGGCAGUGAGCGGGUGCCUGAAGGAGAGUCCGCCUGAUGCCACAUCCGCACAGGAUUGUCUGAUAUGGCAGCGGUUCGUUAAUGUCUUCCUGAAGGGCCGUGAGUGAUGGCGGGACUCAUCAAGAAGCAGAUCCUGAAGCACUUGUCCAGGUUCACCAAGAAUCUUUCACCAGAUAAGAUUAAUUUGAGUACUUUGAAAGGUGAAGGCCAAUUGACGAACUUGGAACUCGAUGAAGAAGUAUUGCAAAAUAUGCUGGACUUGCCAACAUGGUUGGCAAUCACCAGAGUGUUCUGUAACAAGGCCGCAAUUCGGAUCCAUUGGACUAAACUGAAAACUCAUCCAAUCUGCUUGUAUCUGGAUAAGGUAGAAAUGGAGAUGAGAACUUGUGAGGAGCCUCGUCCUCCUAAUGGUCCAUCUCCUAUCGCAACAGCUUCGGGACAGAGUGAAUAUGGCUUUGCUGAAAAAGUUGUAGAAGGUAUCUCGCUUUCUGUGAAUUCCAUCAUUAUUAAGAUCAAGGCAAGAGCUUUUAAUGCAUCUUUUGAGUUGUCCCAGCUGCAAAUAUAUAGUGUAAAUACAAGUUGGCAACAAAGUGACCUACGAUUCACCCGAAUACAAGAUGCUCAACGUGGUGAGGUUUUGACAUUCAAGGAGAUCACCUGGCAGAUGAUCCGAAUAGAGGCAGAUGCAAUCCAGAAUGAAGAACACGAUAUAUUAAGUGCACCAGUGAGGCUUAUCACAAACCAGUCCAAGCUGAAAGUCAGUUUGAAGCGAAGGUUAAAAGAUUGUAAUGUAGUGGCAUCGAAGCUGGUGCUUAUAUUGGAUGAUUUAUUGUGGGUUUUGACGGAUUCCCAAUUGAAGGCAAUGGCACAGUAUUCAAAAUCUCUGAGUGAAGUCAUAGAAAAAUCUGCACAGCAAAGGAAGAGUAUGGCUUCUGCACCAACCCAGGUUAGUGCAACUCCACUUCCUGUUUCCCAGCAGGUUCGAACGCAGCAAGCUGCAGCAACAGCUGAUCAGAAUGAUGCUAUUGCCAAACUUUUCAGUGCUUUUGAUGUAAAGGAAACAUCUUAUCAUUUAAUUAUUUCUCAUUUGGAUUUGCACAUUUGUGAUGACAUUCAUGUGAAGGAAAGAGGUUUUCCAAGAGAAAUCACAGGCGGAGCCAUGCAACUCUCUUUUACACAAAUUACAGUGGAUUACUAUCCCUAUCAUAGAGCAGGAGACAGCUGUCAGCAUUGGAUGCACUACAAUGAGUCUACAAAAACUAGAUCAAACUGGGCAAAGGAGUUACUGAAAGAAUUCAAGUCUAAUGUUGAUAUGCUGAAGCAAGCUGUGAAGGAUUAUAAUAAAAGCAAAGCUCCAUCACCAAAUGAUUCACCUCCACACAUAUUAAUAGAGACCACACUCAGAAAUAAACCUGUUACUACAGGGAAAGAACAGAUGUCAAAAGGAACAAGUCCUGCUAAUGUUUCAUCUUCGACUAGCCCACAGUCAAGAACAAAGCUAUUGUCUAGUUGUGUUGUUUUUAGAGUGGAGGAUCUAAAUAUUUAUCAGGUUUCUACAGCAGAUCAGCGAAGAGAUUCUCCCAAAGCUAUGAUUUGCUGCAAUAAGAAGUCUUUAUAUCUUCCAUCAGAAAUGGCAGCUAUUCACAUUGAAUUCACUGAAUAUUAUUUCCCAGAUGGAAAAGACUUUCCUACCUUAUGGAAUGUGUUGGACAGGUUGGAAAAGAAUCUACAACAAAGUUCUGCCCUAGAUCUCCUUUUCAGUACAGUUCCUUGCCCAAAUCUUUAUGUACAGAUGAAUGCACUACAGUUGACACUAGAUACCAGGAGCAUAUUAUGGUUGAACCAGUUUAUACUAGAUCUACGGCAAAGUCUGGAACAGUUCACAGCCAUCUACAAGCUUGAUAGUGGGAAAGAAGAUGACCAUGUUGACAUACGAGUUGAUGGAUUAAUGCUCAAGUUUAUUGUUCCAGCUGAUAUGGGACCAAAUAGCCAUCAAGACCAGCCACAAUCGAUUUCUAUUCAGACAUCUGAAGUAAUCGCUACGAAUACAAGGUUCUCACUACACUGUACACGGACGGAUCUGGAAGCCAUACUGCAGGAGUUCAAAGAUGAUAGCUUUUUUAGCAAAACGUUCACAACUUUUCCCAAAAGUGAAAAUAGUUUCAAUAUAUUGCACCCAAUAUUUCAGAGACAUGCGCAUGAGCAGGAUACCAAAUUGCAUGAUAUUUAUAAGGGCUUAGUUACUCCAAAGCUGAGUACAAAUGCAUUGAAAACUUUUGCUGCUACAGAUGUCUGGGCUGUGCACUUUUCACAGUUUUGGAUUGAUUAUGAAGGGAUGAAGAGUGGAAAAGGGAGACCUGUGGGAUUUGUGGAUUCUUUCCCACUUUCAGUCUGGGUUUGCCAACCCAAUAGGUUCGCAAAAUCACAAGAAUCUGUUUCAUCUUCCAGACAGUCUGCCUCUCAAAUUCGCAAAAGUGAAUCCAGUGAUUUUAGUAUCCGUUUACAUCAUAAGAAGCUCUUGAGGGAUUAUUAUAGUACAGAAUCUGAGCCACUCACGAAUGGACUAGGUAAAUCAAAUUCUUUAGAUGCUCUUACUACACCUUUGAAAUCUUUGCAGUCAUCAGAUGCAGAUAUACAUGUUCUUGUACAUGCUCAAAAGCAUGUGAGCAUGCAGAUUAAUCAUUAUCAGUACUGUUUUUUGCUCCGCCUUCAGCAUUCAAUUAAAAGCCUUCAGGAGCAAUUUCAGAAGAAUAUUGAGAAAGUAACAGGAAAACCAGCAGAGCAAACCAAGAUUUCUAUUGGAUUGGUGAUUAAAAGUGCUGAAGUUGCUUUAUUGCUUCGCCCUCUGCCUCAAGCAGAAUCAGACAAUAAGGUUUUGGCUGAAAAUACAAGUCCUGUAGAAUCUGAACUUUCUCCUUCUCAAAGCAGAGAAACUCUGGUAGCUGAAAAUGAAGGACAGCAAGAUGAUUUGAGUUCUGAUCAUCUUUCCCAAACACAACUGAAUGAAUUUGGAAAUGCUCAAUCUGAAAACACACACAACAGUACUGUCAGGCCAGUAGACUCUGUACUUUCUAAAUCAUAUAGUGAUUCAGCUUUGAUUAAAGGAAUGAACUCACAAUCUUCUUUUCAUGCAUCUGUUAGUCAAUUUCCAGUAUCAAUGGAUAUCUCAGGGGAUAUCGAUGGAACUGUUUUGAUGAAUAAAGAUCAGCACAGUGAAGUCACAAAGCUAUUGAGUGUUGAAGAUCUCAAUGUUUCUCAAAGUAUGGACCCAUUGAAUGUUUGUAAAAUAAACAAAGAUGAAUGUAGUACACUUUCUUUGGAGGAGAAUUGCCAACAAGAAAUUUCCAACUCUUUGGAAGACAAAAGAAAUGUAACUGUAGAUUCAUUAAAUGAUUUACCAGGUCAUGACGAAGUGAAUCCUAUGCAAAGCUUAGAUUACAUUAAAGAAACACAAAGUUCAACCAAGUUCAUGUUAGCUCAGUCAUUAUCAAGCGGCAAAUUGAAGGAUCGUGCGGAACCCUCUUUACCCAACUGUGCAGUGACAUAUAAAAAUGUGAGAAGAAGCCCAUCUGAAAUUUCACUGGACACUGUAUCAAUUGACAGCAGCCUGCUUGAGGAACAGUCAUUAGAGAAUGAUGGAAAUGAAAGCCUCCCUUGGUCGCUAAAGGAUGCUGGUAUUGAUGAUACCUCAGUCGUUAGUCUUAAAGAAGCUUCUAUUGAUCAGAGUCCAGCAGAAAGUGCUAAUGGGGCAUUUGGGACUGAGAAUUGUGGGAGAAUAUCACCAGAUGUCUGCAGUACUGCAUCUCAAAGUGUGGAACAGGCCCCUGGAGAUUUGGUAUCAGUGAUGGUUUUCAAUGUCUUUGGAGUGAGCUGUGCAUUUGAUGUGAAGGGCGAGGAUACAGCAGUGUCUUUACAGAUAAAUCAAGUAAUACCAAGCCAACAUGGAAAUAUCAGUGUUCGGCAAUACCUUAGCAACCGUAGCUUGGAUCGACACCAGUCUUCAUUGAUACAAGAAUGCAAGAAAGAAUUACCUGAAGUGAGUUUACGGCUUGAGGGUGGGCCUAGUGCUGCUGUCCAUUCACCACUCGCAGUCCAGAAUGGUUUCUUGCAAUGCAUUGUUAAGGACUUCAACUCAGAGUUCCUGAUAUCUUCCCUCACAAAUUUAGGAAUAUUUUUGGAAGACGAAGUACCUGCUGACAUUAUCCCCAUGAAAAUUGAAAUCACCGAUUCUAAGAUUAAACUAAAGGAUGACAAUCCAUGCCGUGAACAACCCACCCAUGAUCCACUGCCAGUGGAACUGAUGAUCGAUCAUCUAAUUGUGAGCAGAAACGAUGAUGGAAGAUUUUGCAUUGGAGGCGCCCAGUUUUCUAGUCAGACCCAAGCAAAUAAUGGAAAUACAAAGCAAACAAUAUUAUCAUGCUUAAAAAGCGAUGAAUCAAAAGAAGUCAGAUUUAUGUCACAAUCUACUCAAACAGAUCCAAAGGAUCAAUUUGCACCAGAGCAAUCAGAGGCUGGGAAUUCAGUUACCAGAGAAAAGUUACUUUUGGAGGAAAACGAAUGCCUAAAACAGGAACUAGCCAAAACUAAAUUGGCUCUUGCUGAGGCCCAGAUGGAAAAUGACAGCUUGUUGCAACAAAUCAAGAGGGUUAACUGAACUCUAAUCAUAGUGAGUUAUAACUCCUUGGACUGCAUUAAAGCAGAAGUUUCUUGAAACUGGGUACAACUAUCCCAAACUGUUUUAACUUUGUGGUCUUCUUGCUGAGCAUUGAACAAACUUUAUUAAGAGAAACUUAACAGUAUGUCUGCUGAAGACAAACUUUUGAAUGUGAAAAAAAAACUUACCAGUCUGUUUGAUAUCAUUCAAGCGGUACAGGCAAGUAGAAUACAAUUGUUGAGCUGCAUAGGUGUUGCACCAUGUGUUAAUGGUGUUUAUAUUCACUAAAUCUAGAAUCAGUGCUGUCAUAAAGGGGUUUGAAAUAAAGUUUGAAAUAAAAUAUUGUGGGUAAGUAAUUUCUUUCAUACAACUGACCUGAGUUUUGUUAUGCCAUCGAGAAUUGUUUUCUAAAACAAAAUCCUGUUCCAGGAGAAGAGGAGUCUGAAUUUGCACUGUAAUUAACGACCAUGUAUUUGUUUUUUCUGUGUAAAAUCUGUGAUAAAGAAUUUGUACAGCUUAACAUUAAGUGUUUGUGCUUUAUGCAUUAAUGGAAGACACUGUUGUUGCUCAACUUUGUACUCCUGCAAAAGUCCGUCUGAUUUAACAUGUCACUUUACAUGUAAGGAUGGAUUUAACAAAAAAUGAUGCACAUCUUUGCAUAGCAUCAUAAUUCUUCCAUAAAUAAUUGUAUUAAAAUUGUACUCAAAAUAAAGUACAGAAAAAUUAACUCA